GAAUUCAGUCACCUUAGACGAGGCCGUCCAUGCUCAAGUAUAAUAUGAGUAGCAUUGAAGUGAACAGCUCGCUUAUACCUGCGGAUUAUCAGCAAGCAUUUAUGUCACUAUCAUCCCAGCGGUGUGUUUUCCACCAGCGGUGUGUUUUCCACCAGCGGUGUGUUUUCCUCUCGGUGUACCCAUCCACAGGUGUCUCUCCACUGGUGUAAUCGUGUAAUCAAGUCAGCCCGAGACAGAAUGUAUUGAAACUGCAACAAAAGACUCCUGAUAUAACUUCCGGGUUGAUUAUUGUAUCGGGGCAGGUUGUGAAUGUACUGAAAAGAGGUCAGUGCACAAACACGUUGUUCUUUUUUGGUCUUGAAUUAACAAGAACUAAUAACUCUGCCCUCGAUAAACCUCACGAAACCAUAUUUAUAUAACGCGUUCAUGUCAGUAGCGGAGGCGGUUGGAUUACACCCUAAAUCACCUGAAAUCUUAAGUGUUGUCUGGCUAUGGAGAGAUUGUAUCAGCAGUGAAGCCCGAAAUCUGGAGUAAUUGUCGUUUGUGUUAAACACGUUGUGAAUGAGACAAGUGAUGUUCCGUGUUUACAUCACUGGCAAGGACGGCGUAGCCAAGAGGUGUAAUCUCGGAGGGGAUUACCAGCUGGUUGUCAAGGACUCCAGUCUGUGUCUGUGUGGGGUGAAGCUGCACCAGGUCAUAUAUGAAUGGCCGUACCCUGACAUAAGAUGUUACGGGUAUACGGACAAGGCUUUUAAUUUUGUAGCUGGUCGAGCUUCAACUUCUGGAGAAGGCAUGAUUUCUGUCAAGACAGGAGAUGGCUUUGCAAUAAACGAAGCAGUCAACGAGAAGGUUCAGCUCAUGAAGAAAAACAUGGAUCUUCAGUCACGUGGAGAAAACCCAACUCCUCCCGCAGAUGGAUCUGGAGAUGACCGGCCUGAGUACACGGACCCGUACAGUGUGGAGACCCAAUCUACAGACGAGGCUGGGAUGUAUGUGAACCAGUAACAGCGGGGAAUGUUUCUGAUUCUGCGGUAAUUUAUCAGUACAUGUACGUGAAACAUAUAUGUAAUGUACAUGUAUCUUGUGAAUACUUGGAACUAAACAGUGAACACUUGUCAGUAUAUGAUAAAUAUAUGUAACUGAAUCGAGAACAUAUGGAGCUGAGGAGA